UCCCAAUAUAUCUCUAAGAAUUUCCCUAAAAUUUUUGGGAUUUUCAGAGUAUUUUUUGUGACUUAAUUAAUUUAUCUAGAUUUAUCUUUACACGGGAAAUGUUUCUGAAAAAAGAAAACUUCUCUAUACUAUCGGGGCGAGCCCGUGGGCCCGACCCAUUAUGGCCCGCCAAGGCCCAUCCGAGCCCGCGGCCGUGGGAGCUCUCCCGGCCGCACGGCAACGCCGCCGCCACCACCAGCCUUGCCGUACGCGCCAUGCCGCGGCCGCCCCGCGCCUCUGCUGCACCGCUUGCCGCCGCCUUCACCGCCGCCUGCGCCGUGCCGCCGUUCGUCGUCCGCCGGCCGAGCCGGGCGUCGCCGCCGGCUCGCCAGAUUCGCUGGCUCCGUCGCCCGCCGGAGGAAGCCGCCACCACGAGGAGCCCCACGACGUCGAGGCGAAGCCAAAGCGCCGCUUCUCAUCGCCAAUGGGUCACCGGAGCGCUGCCACGGCAUGGAGGCCGAGCCGCUGCCGCCCGCCGUGUGCCAUCACCGGUCGGCCGCCGUUCCCCCGCGUCCGUUGCCCGCCGGAGCAAAUCAAGUUCACCAGCAGCUUCACCUCACCGAGCCGCAUCUCUGCCGCCGCUCGCCUUUGUCUCUCCGUCGCCGGAGCGUCGCCCGCUCGCGACAGCCCAGGCCGGCCGCCGUCGACCGCCGCUGGCCAAAUUUUCAGCCGUUGCACCACCUCCCCGCCGUUGAAGGAUCGUUGUUCAAAAGAUUUGAAGAUUAAGAGUUUUAAGAGAGCAAGAGCGGAAGAGCAGUAAGAGCAACUUUUCGUUGGAGAAAGGCAAGUGUCCCUAACCAUCCUUCUACCUAUACUUUGUUUAUAAUAUCAUGAUAAUUUUAACUGGAACAUGGAGUGACCACCUAGGAAAAUAGU